AACCCGUGCGGUGUGUUUACAUUGUGCGGCAGGGCAGCAGCAGCCGUGUGUGUGCGUGUGCGUGUGUGUGUGUGUGUGUCCCAGUGGUUCAUGUGAUAACGGGGCCUGUGUGGACGUCACCGUCUCGCCGCAUGAGGACAUGACGCUUGAAGACCCAUUUUUUGUGGUUAAAGAUUUAGCAACCAGAAAGUGAAACCAAGUGUUAUAAGCUGAAAGAACUUUGACUCUGAAGUGAAAAUGAGACACCGUGGGUAUGAAGUGAGCCUCGCCGGUGGACGGCAGCAGUGAGUGGCCGCACGCAGGGCAGCAGCCAGCGGUGGGAUGGCCGGCGUGGCCGUCAGGAGGACGCCCUCGCGCUACGGCCCAGGCGGCUCGGCUGCGCGCAACGCCGCCCUCGCCAGGAACAAGAGUGUCCGCAAGAGUUUCAAGGAGGUGAACGCCUUCCGCUACUCCAGCUUCGUCGACCUCCUCUACUUCUCCUCCAGGAAUGAGGUGUGCAAGGCGCUGAACAAGACCCGCGGCCUGUACCAGCGGUGGGGGGAACUACAGCAACAGGAGGAAGGCGGCGUGGUGGUGGUGGCGGCCAGCAAAGAGGAACUAGACUGGACCAACACAGAGCUACGCAACGCCCUACGCUCCAUCGAGUGGGACUUAGAGGACCUUGAGGAGACCAUUGGUAUUGUCGAGAAAAACCCAAGGAAGUUCAAGAUCGACGGCGGUGAACUGUCUUCAAGGAGGGCCUUCAUCGAGCACACCAAGGAGGAGGUGAAGUCUAUGAAAGAGAGACUCAACCUGACCAAGAAGGACAGAGACGUGACCGCCAGACAGGUACCAGAUAAGGACACGCCAGUGGACGACAGCAGCCCCCUCAAGAUGCCGCAGGUAGUAACACACGGAGCCACGCGCUACAGCCGGCUGGUCAAUGAGGCGGACAGCCCCAGCAAUGAGUUUGUGGAGAGAACAGUGGCCCAGCAACAGAUGAUCAUGUCCCAGCAGGAUGACCAGCUGGACCAAAUAGCCUCAUCAAUGGGCACCCUCAAAAACAUGUCCCGCCAGAUUGGACAAGAAGUGGAUGAGCAGGCUGUGAUGUUGGAUGACUUUGGCCACGAGAUGGAAAAUACGCAAAGCAAGAUGGAGAACACCCUUAGUAAAGUGGCCAAGGUCAUGCACCUCUCCAGCGACCGCCGACAAUGGGCAGCCAUCGGAGCAUUAUCUGGAGUUUUAGCCGUAAUUGUAAUUCUCUUUUUCGUACUCUGAGUGAAGUGCUGUAUAAGUGUGCUAGUAAUGGAUUAUUCUUAUAGAGAAUUUUAAGGGAUUCCAGGGAGUGUAUACAGUUCUUUAAUUUAUUUUUCCAGUUCAUAUUUUAGUGGAGCUCAUUUCCUUGACAUUGACAUAUACGUGGAACUCAUAUCCUAGCAGUGGUCUCUCCACAAAGAUGACUCUGAAAUAACCUCCAUUAACUUUAGUCUUCCUCUACUCCAUUAUUUUCUCAACUGGUCUUUUAUCUGUCAAAUAGGUCAUUAGAACUUAAGUCAUCUUUCUUGCAUAGAUCAUUUAAACUCACACAAUAUCUCUUUAGGAUAUCAUUGUAUAUGAAUGAGGCUAGCUGUCUACAAACAAUAAAGCUCCACCCAUUACUUUAAGGAGAGAAAUGUACCAUAGAAGUGACUGAGAACAAAUGUUGUGCUCAGGUGAUUCUGUUGAGGGAAAAGAGGCAUGCACUCGGCACAUCUGCUAGCGAAAGAAAGACUCCUAUACUGCAUAAAUAUGUAAUUGACGUUUCUUUCAUGCUGGUUUUGAUUUGAUCCAUUUUUAGUUCCUCCAAGGGCUGUGUGUUUCAAGCAUAAUUACUCUCUGGAAAUGCUGAAUACGUAGUGAUGCCUCUUUGUCCUCUCAAGAAUUUACAGAGAAUAAUAACAAUCUAAUUUUUUAUUCUCAAUUCUAUGUACAUGUUUUGGCUCAUGUACAAAUAUUUUGGCUCUACUUUUUCAGAAAUCUACAUUUAUGCUUCCUUUAGCCAGGGAACUACUGCUUCUAGAUAUUUGAAUUAGCUUGUACAAGUUAUACCUAUGUGAUUGAAAGUAUUAUUAAGGAGAAUUAUAUAUAUUGUUUUAUCUUAGCUGUUACUGGAUUGAUUUGGAUUGUGAUAAUCUGUCCCACUGGUCAUGCUUUAGUGAAAACCAAUCUGCCCUUGACUCUUCAGGCUAUAUAACAAGUUGGAUCCGAGAAGUUUCGGGUCCCUACAGAGUUCGGUUUAGGGGCCGUAUUACAAGUCGAAUCUGAGAAGUUUCGGGGCCCUCCAGAGUUAUUCAUCCCGAACUCUGUAGGGACCUAAAACUUCUCGGAUUCAACUGCAUAAGAGUACUCUCUCCACUGAGUACAGAUGUUGGAAAUUUGUUUGCACCUUAAAUGUUAUAUUGAAAGCGAGGAAGCAUGACUGAACUUGUCUGAUGUGGAAGAUGAAGAAGUGGAUAUUAUGUGGCUGAAGAUGUAAAAGGAAAGUGUUGCAAGCAGCCUCAAUAAUUGGUGGUUUUGUAUUUUUUUACAGUUUUCUCCGUCACAUUGCUCUGUUAACCCAAUUAUUCACAAGUCAAAAGUUUACAAACUCUUGGGGCCAUUUUAAAUAUACAGUCAGACCUCACAAACUUUUGGUAAGGUCUUUUGCUCAGUUUUACUCAUGAAUUAUAAUUACAAUAAACAGGUACCUUUACAUCUCCAUAUCCACAUAAGAAAAUUAUUCACAAUUAGUGCAAGAAAGUUAAAGGGAGGCCAAAAGACAGUGUGGUGCUGCCAGGGAUAUUUAUAACUAUGGGCACUUCAUCAAAAUGCACAUCAUAUAAAUAAAGGUGUAGAAAAUUGCCUUGAAGAUAUGUUGACUAAUACACACUGAGAAGUCAUUCUGGUAAUUAUAGGAAAAUCACUUGCUUAGAUAUAGUCAUCAGGAGUGCUUUUCACUGUGUCUGUACGGGCCACGUUCAUUGCUGGAAUUUCUAAGACAAAUUUCCUCAAACAUUCAAAUCUCUUUUUUUUUUUUUUGUUGUUGUUGUGUAUAUUAAAAUCUAGAUAUUUGUUUUAAUGUAUUUUUCAUGUGAUUUUUUAACAAUUUUGGAACUGUUCAGCUGUAGCCAAUUACAACUGUGGCAUCAAUAUUUUGUUCAAGGAUGAAUUUUUUUUAGAACUGUUUACUGCAUCCAAUUAAAACUGUGCCAUCAAUAUUUUGUUCAAGGAUGACAAAAUUUUAGAACUGUUUACCUGCGUCCAAUUAAAACUGUGCCAUCAAUAUUUGUUCAUGGAUGUGGCCCAACGUCUUCAAAGCAUCCCCAGUGAGCAGAGGCGGAUCGUUUCUUUGUGCAAUAGUGUUAAAAUUCACUAAGGUUGGCAGUACAUAAGAAUGGAUUACUGUAAAUAAUUGCAUAGAAAUACUGUUUCUUAUGGCUUUUAAGACCUAUCUUGAGCAAACUUUGAAAAGAAAUAUAUAUAUAGAAUUUCAACAAAGUUUUAUUUUUUAGUCAGGAAUUCAUUUUCCUUUUCUCUGCUGUGAAAGUGCUUACUAGGAUACCCCAAGAUUUUUAUUAGUUAGGAGGUCAUGCAGCUCACUGGGUCCCGAGAGGUUCUUCAAGGGAGCAAGUGAGGGUGGGAGAUGCUAAUAUUUAGGUGGCAUCUACCUAGGUAUAGUUAUCAACUCAUUUCACCUUAUGCAUAACCUAAUUUUUGUUAAAUACAUCCAUUCUUUAAAUUUACUUCAAGAUAAGAUGAAAUGUCUACUAAUAAUCUGCAUAGUGUCUCAUGAGUCACGGCUUUAGUAAAGCUAGAAUUUUAUAUUUCUUCAUGUACCAGACAUCACUCCCUGGUGCAGUUUAGUAAAAUCAAUGAGGAUGGGACUGCUCUGAUUCUCAAGGGUCAAGGUACCAAUAUCCUGAUGAUUAGCAUGAUCUGGAGCAAGGACUCCAGUCUGCUUUUUUCAACAUUAUUCAUAAGAAACUCUGUGGUCACAAAAUCUAUAAGUGAAUUUUCAUAAAAUCUAAAAUUUUUUUUUUUUUCAUAUUCAGGUAUAAACUCCUACAUCACUGCUUAUAAAGAUUUAAAAAUUGUACAGCCCCCACUUCCUACUCGCCUACCUUCUUAAUAAACUUCAAUUUACUUGAUCUGGAGUCAAUAUACAACUUCAAUAAAGCAUUUAGAAGCUUACCUUAUUUCCUCAGCAUGUAUUAUGUCCUACACACGGAACCAUCUUACGUACAAAGGAAUCAAGGAAUCUGAAAGGACAGAGUAUGGUUGAUACAAGAAUAUAUAAAUUAUUCAAGCAAAAUUUUUAUAAUAAUUUAAAAAUAUUUUUAAUAAAUCAAACUCGUAGGUACUGAGCAACAUUUAAAGUGUGUAUCAGUCCUCAUACUAAAUGACACUGACCCACACCCCAACACAAGACUUGUGAUGAAUUGGUACUAUCUUUUUGAUGAGUUAAGUAAAGGUUUCCUCAUGCUGGUUGUUUGGUUCAGGUGUACAUUUAGGUUUUGCAUAAUACUGAUGACAAGGCUAUGUAAGCUUCCCCAAUACAAGUGUUAGAUAAACACACUAGAUAUAACUUAUUUACAAUACAUUUCAUACAUUUGGCUUGUAUCUGCAAAAUGACUGAACAUAUUCUGAUAAAGAUCCGCUUGAUUCUUUAUUUUAAUUGGAAAUAUUUUUCAAUCCUCUCUGUAUGGUGUUUCCCUGUAUAAUCUGUAAAAAAAUGCCUGUUAAUGUUUGAGUCUUUGUAAACUAUAUGUAUCAUGCUGAACAGAAAAGUUUAGUGUAAUCCCCAUAAUUUUAUUACACACAACCAAUAAUGGGCAUCAGUCUCAAUGGGUGGUAUCAUUACUCCUGCGUCAAAGUGAAAACUGAGCUGCUUUGAUGACCUAGAAGCCGUAUCCUACACCUGGGCUUGUAAAUGAAAGAAGAAGCAAGCCUAACCAAAAUGAAUCAGUACUUAAGAGUUUCUGGUCAAAAUAUUUUGCGGUAAGUUGUAAAGUUUCGUUUAGUCGGCGCAACAUCUGUGGUCAUAUGCUGGUGAGAGACAGAAGGGGAAGGAAUUAUAGGAGAAGGGAACAGAUCCCAGGAGACGGGACACAACCCCUGAUUAAUACCUGAUACCCAUUCAUUGCUGGGUGGACAGGGGUGUAGUGUAUCGGAAAAGCCGCCCAAAUUUUUCCACUCCUCCCGGGAAUCAAACCCGGGCUCUCCUGAAUGUGAGCUGAGUGUGCUAACCACUGCACCAUGAAGCCCCCAAUAUUUUGUGGUAUUAAUUACAAACUGAAGGGCAUAGGAAUGAGAAACGUGUACUGAAAGAAAAGUUGGACAAAUAUAGAUUGGGAGACAGGACUGUCUGAGCUUAAGCUCAGACACUAUAAAUAGGUAAAUACUCUACCUGGUUUUAAAAAACUUUUUGCAGGACUGGAGACUCAAACAGAGAAGCAAUCCCCUAAUAAGUUUUACAAAGUUCAUGCCUGCAAACCUUGUGUCUGACACAGUCAUUAGCUGACAGUAACCAACCCGGUGUUUGAGGAGGUUCAUCAUGACGUUUUAGAAUAUGGAACAAAAUAAAACUGAAUACAACAUGAAUACGUGAACCUGAUACGCCUUACAACUUUCAUUAAGUAAAGGAAAAUGGAGCAUUUUUCAUUAAGCUGAUAAUGCUUUCACUAGUGUUAAACAAAUGCUUGGCAGAAAGGUUUGUGAUGUGCCUAAUGUGUAUCUGUGGGGGUACAGUGACUGCUGGUCUGGCAUUGAGCAAUGGUACCUGUCUUUUGGUAGUAUCAUUGCUCCUGCAUUUUAAGUGAAAACUAAGCUGCUUUGAUAACCUAGAAGCCAAGUACAUAUCCUACACCUGGGCUACUGACAACAGAGUUGAGGCAGAUAAAAAAGUCACUGCACUCCCUAAAAGUGAACAAUAGAAGAUCCACAGUAAGAACUCAAAAAACGUUCAAGUAGUAUUAGCACUCCUCUCAUUAUAAAAAGAAGUUUUCAUGACACUUCAUAAUGGAGUAACUAACAUUUCUUAAUAAUUCUUCAAGGCUGUGGGUAAACUUGCUUAGCCCGACUAUACACACCAUUCAGUGAAGAGGUAUUGAUAAAAUAACACUCAAUAACUGCUAUGUACAUUUACUGUUUUAUAGUUAAAUUAUCUACAAAUGUAUAAAUGUUACAUUCAUGUCCCCAUCUGGCAGUGGUGAACACUAUAGCACAACAGAGAGGCUGAAAGUUUUAUCAUCAUUGGUUUCAGAUAAUAGGAAAGCUAUACUAUAAUAAGUUUUGAAUUUUUUUCCCUACCUAACAUGAACAUAAAACUUAAGAUUUUCUAUUAGAGAUGAGCCAGGUAAUAAGUUUAACACGGGAUUUACCAAUAAUUUCAACAAGGUAAGAUACCUUCAAGAAACAAGCCAGAAGCAACAGCCCAUUGGACGGAGAGUCACACCAGGAGGUGCAGUCACUCCUUGGGGCAAGACCUGGUCACUGGGUAUUGGGUUUCAGCCACUCUGGUGGUUCAAAUAAAAUUUCUAUGCAUUGCCUGCAAACUGUCCCAUGCUGGUGGUGGACAAGGCAGCACAGGGACAGAUGGGGAACAAAUACCAGACAAAUCAUGGUAAGUAAAUAUUUAACAAGACAAACUGUCCAAUGAUGAAGGGGCAGUAAUACUCUACAACACAGCAUAAUAUUCAUCACAAUACAUUACACUCUAUACAGCAAGAUAAUUAUUUAGUCUCACUGCUGGUGAAUGUCCAUUCAUAAAUAUUUUGAUUGGAGGAAACUGAGAACACUAACAAAACCAGCAAAGAUAACUAAAUAUUUAAGAGGGAUGAAAACUGACCAAAAAGUAAUUAUUUUUCCCAAAAAACAGCACACAAUACUGCUGCUUGGUAAUAACCCUUAGAGCUAACAUGACUUUAUAUGAACUUGUUAUCACUGUAACGACUUCUAUACUUCUUGUUCUGGCUCUCAACCUCCUGACUAGCUAGCUAACAUGUCCUGCAGGAGCACUUAGAUAACCUGGUGCCUCUGCCACCACGCACACUUUGAAUACUGGAUUAUCUUCUCUACAAGACAACUAAAACCACUCUCUUCGAAUACACGCACACACAUCCCCACACGUUCACACACACAAAGUUAACAAGGAAAGACUGGAAAAGUUGGAGCUGCCGUCCAUAAAAGAAAGAAGAGAGGUGACAUGACUGCAGAGCCCAAGGCAGUGAAGGGAGGGAACAGAAUUGAAAAAAUAUGUUUGUAUAGGACGGGAGAGCAAAUAAGGAGAUGAAACGAAGUUGAAGAAGAUGAGAUGGACAAAAGACAUCAAGAAAUAUUUUCCAAUAGAUGGAGUGAGCAGUUGAACAGCCUGGACGAAGAGGUUGUCCAAUCCAAAUGACAAAAAAAUGGGACCCCACUAGCAUAGUUAACUUCUUUUAUAUUAAAACUAUUUAAAAACGACUAGAUAAAAUAAAAGCACACACAGGAAGCAAAUUAACGGUAACAACAAAAAACUGUGUGUCUCUCCACGGAAAAUGAUGUAACAAUAUAUUGUUCAUACAGAAAUGCUCAAUAAAGAUCCUUAGUUUUGAAUUUUUUUGGGGGAUACAGACCAUAUGAGAGACAGAGAAACCACACGAAAAUAUACAAUGAAAUAAAUAUACCCAAAGUGGCUCCACAGUCAUACUGAACCUUAAUUUGCCAGCUGAAUGUUUAAUAGCAUAAGAGAUGUCUAUCUUAUUUUGAGCAACACCAUCAUUACAAUGUUAGCCACGCCACAAGUUUUAUCAAUUCAACAAUAAUUUGUGUUGAUGGGGUGGAAAUUUCAAUCAGUUUUAAACCUUACUCUAAAUUAAGGUAACUUUGGCCGUGCCAGUCCCCCCCCAAAGAAAGAGUAAAAUUUUAAAAUAAGUAAAAAAUGUCUGGUCACCUUGUAGUGCCUAAGAAAUCUCACUGACAGCUGCAGAAGAGUUUAAAAUGGGAAAAAGAGUGCUUGUUCAAAGCCUCCUCAUGCUCUAGUGAAGCUGCACCAUUGCAUGUUGGGGCUUCGUACAAGCUUUAGCUGCCAUUAAUCAAAACUGUACGCUUUGAAAUCUAUCUAUUUUUGGCACAAAAGGACACAAAUAGUUUGAAGCAAUUAUAAAACACAGAACACAAACACCAAAAAUACCAGUCAUCCCAAUUUACAGAAAUGAUUGAACUUAAAAAAAAAAAAAGGCAAAUAA